CACCCUGCUGCCAGGCAGCUGAGAGCCUGUAGAAAAACAGAGGUGUGAAGCUACAUCUUCACGGUAGACCAUGCCCUGAGGCCUGCUUGGCGAGUCUCCCUCCACUGGCAGGCAGUGCCCUCACAGUGAGUUGCAGACCACUGCUCCCUGCUUGCUUGUUGGGGAAGUCAGCAUGCUGCUCUGGGCCUCACCUUUCUGCACAGGAGCACGCAGUGUUUUGCGCACACACCCCUUCCAAAGCGGCCCAGGUGCUAACGCGCUGUCCUCUCCCACCUCUGUUCUUAGUGAAGUUCAUGCGGGAAGUGACUCCCUACAUCAAGAAGCCAUCGCUGGUGUCCGAUCUUCCAUGGGACGGGUCGGCUCCCCAGUCACCGAGCCUGAGUGGAAGUGAGGACUCUGGUUCACCGAAGCACUACAAUGGCGCCAAGGACAGGAAAGUGAUCCCUCUGAAAAUGUGUUUUGUAGCCAGGAACUUGAGCAUGCCGGAUCUGGAGAACAGGUUGAUAGAGCUGCACUCUCCGGACAGCAGAAACACCCUGAUCCUGCGGUGCAAAGACACAGUGACCGCGCACUCCUGGUUCACGGCCAUCCACACCAACAUCACGGCCCUUCUGCCACAGGUGCUGGCCGAGCUCAACGCCAUGUUGGGCGCCAACUGUGCCGCCGGAAGCAGCAAGGAGGUCAAACACAUCGCUUGGCUGGCGGAGCAGGCUAGGCUGGAUGGAGGGAGACAGCAGUGGCGGCCCAUCCUCAUGGCUAUGACAGAGAAGGACUUGCUGCUCUACGAUUGUAUGCCCUGGACAAGAGACGCGUGGGCAUCGCCCUGCCACAGCUACCCUCUUGUUGCUACCAGGCUGGUUCACUCUGGCUCCGGGCACAGAUCGCCUUCUCUGGGAUCCGAGCUCACCUUUGCAACGCGGACGGGCUCGCGCCAGGGCGUUGAAAUGCACGUUUUCAGGGUGGAGACGCAUCGGGACCUCUCCUCCUGGACCAGGAUGUUAGUUCAGGGCUGCCAUGCUGCUGCCGAGCUGAUAAAGGAGGUGUCCCUAGGCUGCACCCUGAAUGGCCAGGAGGGGAAGCUCACCGUCCAUUAUGAAAACGGAUUCGCUCUCUCCAGGGAGGAGGCAGGCGCCAGCCACACCCAGUUCCUCUACCCCUUUGAGAAGCUCAGAAUGUCGGCAGAUGAUGGCAUCAGGAACCUCUACUUGGAUUUUGGUGGCCCUGAGGGGGAGCUGACCCUGGACCUGCACUCCUGUCCCAAGCCCAUUGUGUUUGUGUUGCACACUUUCUUGUCAGCCAAAGUCACCCGCCUGGGACUGCUUGUGUAAGGCACAGGGUCCCAGCAGCAGUGAAGAGCACCUGCCCUGCCCCAGCAGCAAAAAAGCACAAAGUCCCUCCUGCAGUACCAGUGCCUUGCCAGACUGACUCGUGACAGCAUGGAAGGAAGCUCCUGCCCUCCUUUGACCAGAGCCAGAAACUCCGGCCUCUCCACAGUCCCCUGGAACAACUGGAGCUCUGUCACCUGCCUAGAGGAUGCUGAGGCCAGGCUGCUGCUGGUACUGAGUGCUAAUGGAGGGGAAUGUGGCUCUUGCACUCUCCCUUUCCAGUCACUUCUUGGCCGCCGGCAGCUUGGGAGACUGUCCUUCCCGACGCCCCUGGGAUUGGAUCGUGGUCCCGAAGACUCGGCAAAAAGCCGAGCAUCUGGCCCUCGCGGCGGCAAGGAGAGAGCCGUUGGCAUGGGCUGCGGUGGGGAGCUGCUUAGGGCAGGAACUAGAACCGAUCCCUGUGAAGCCAUUUUUAUCGUUACCAAGUGUGCCUUUGGCGUAAGGGGGUGGAGACAAGGCGCUGCUGGCUCCCGAAGAGCCCCGGCCUCACCUGGGGAGAAGGGAGUCGCUACCGAG